AUGGCUAGUGAAACCCCAAGAUUAGAUCCUCGUGAAAUUGCAGAAAAUGUAUCACCAGUAUUCAGACUAAUUGCUCAAGUCAAAUCUCAACCUAGUGAGUCUUCUUUGGUUUUAAGUUCACCAUCUGAAGGAGGUGAAAUGAUUACUUUGAGCAACGUAAGAGUAUCUAUGAAUAGAGAGUUCGAUACAGAUGCUUGGUACGAAUUUGUUUGCAGAUCAAGCGAUAGUGGUGAAGUCGGUUUUUUAGUACUAGAUGCUGUUCCAUGCAUUCUAGAAGAGAAUGAACAGAUUAGUAUUGAUGGUAUAGUAGCAUUACAACAAUUGACCAAAAAAUUCCCUGAAAUAUAUUAA